UACUAUAUAAUAUAUUAAUAUAAUAUAUUACAAUAAUAUACCACCUCCAGGGUGUGAUUUGAAAGAAAGCAGUGGAAUUAAAUGGUAGGUUGAUGGGGCUGGAACGAACCUUGGAGGUCAUCUAGUCCGCCCAUUUUCGCUCCUCCCCCACCUCGUAUCCUGGAUAAAUAAUUGUCCAGUUUUUUUCUCUUGAAAACCUCCAGCCAUGGAGCAACCACAACUCUGGGAGGCAAGCUGUUCCCUCGACGAAUUGUUCUUGCUCUCAGGAAAUCCCUGCUUAAUUCCAGGUUGGAUUUCUCUUUGAUUGGCUGCCACCUAUUGCUUCUUGUGCAAAAGCAGCCUAGACUGGGACAGUUCACCUCCUUGGUUUCACUCCUGCACCAUCCUUGGAGGUCGUCUCUGCAGAGAACCAGGAUCUUUCUCUAAUCCAGCAGGAACCCUGAAGUGCUUCCUGCAAGUUUUGGGGCACAGCUCCCCAGUUUGCUUGCUAUGAGCCAUACUGGCUGGCGCAGAGCGAUGCUUGGUUGCUUCUCUGCUAUAGAACAAAGUCUCUAGUGAAUUUGGAAGCUUGCAUCUCCUCAUUUUAUAUUCCAAAAAUGAUCCAGCCGAUUGCCUCAGGAGCCAGAGACUAAAGGAGCAGAAUCCCCUAAAGUCUUCUACAACCCAAACUCUGGCUUUUGACGGUGACCAUUUUCCUCCAUGCAGCAUCAACAAGCACGUCUCCUCCUGGUUGGAGAAGGAAACUUUUCCUUCUCAGUCCAUCUGUACAAAGAAAGAGGCUGUGACACUCAUAUUAUUGCUACCUGCUACGGUAGUGAAGAGUCUAUAUCUGAACAAGCUUUCACCAAAUCUAAUGUACAGUUUCUGAGAGACAAAGGUGCUGAAGUCUACUUUUCUGUCAACUGCACAAAACUGAAGGAAUACUUCUUGCCAGCUAUGAGGAAUUUUGACCGUAUUUAUUUCAAUUUCCCUCACUGUGGAAAAAAGGCUGGAAUAAAAAAGAACAGGGAGCUUCUUGCCAAGUUUUUCUGCAGCUGUGCAGAUGUUCUGGCAGAGAAAGGAGACGUCCGCGUGGCACUUUGCAAAGGACAAGGGGGCACCCCUGCAGACCAGCCGGUGCGCGAGUGGCACAACAGCUGGCAAGUUGUGGAGAUGGCAGCAGAAGCAGGAUUUAUCUUGAGUGGCAUCGAGCCAUUUGAUAUCAGAGAUGUCGGUGGAUAUAAAUGUACAGGCUACAGGAAUCAGGAUAAAUCUUUCUGCAUCGAAGGCGCUGUGAAUCACAUAUUCACCAGGAGCGCGCCAUUUCUGUAUUCUCAACCUUUGAUUUGCAAAGUGAAGUUGGGAGGCGAAUUCGUGUCCUGCCAAAUUCCACAGAUGCUCCUAGAUAAGAUAAACAGGAACUUCUUAGGUAUUAAUUCGGAGCAUCCUGUCAGAACCAUAAACGAAAAACUAAUCGAUGGCCUCAGCAGAUCAUUCGCAGUUCAGAAGGUGAAUUCUUCAUUUCCCUUGGUAUUCAAAGACCCUUCUUCUCCUACCUCAGACGCCUUUUGGGUGAUUCCUGUUGCCAAAAGUCACCCUGAAAUUAAGUCUGCGGCUUCUAAAAAUGACCCUGGAACUGAUCAAGAUUUGAGUUGGACCUUAGGACAAUAUUACCUUCGGCCUUCCCUGUUGGUUUUUCUUCAUUCUAUUGUAAAACAGAGAGACUUUUCUCCUCAGAGUCUGUUGGCCCUCAGCGGACUGGCUUUUAAAAAAUGUAAAAUUUCUGUUCAGGUGCCUCCUGUUUUUCACGAGGCCCUCUUUAUCUGUGCCCUUAAGGAAGGUGGAGAAGAUGCACAGCUCCUGAUGGAGAUCCUCGUGGGCACAUUAAACUCUUUACUCCCGUCAUCUGACGUUAAGUUGACCUUUCUGAACCAGGAGCCCGAAAGCAGUGAGCAGAAGACCUUUCUAUCUUCUCCAGAACUGUUUCUGCUCAACCCAAAACACGCCGUGACAGUGAGCUGCCAGGGCUUUGAUUCUGGCCCCAAGGAAUUUCGUGUCGGGACAAUAAGCAUCGUUCGCUGGCGACCUCCGAGCGUUCACCAAAACAUGGCUUGCAUCUCCUUGAACCUCGAUCUUCUGGCCAUGUGCGCGUGUGGCAUUUCUGACUGGCGGAUGCUCUGGACUCCGGACGAGCGUUUUGGCAGCCAGUUUUCAGGGGGCCGCUUAGGCCUUUUCCAGAGCUUUUCCCUCCAUCCACCGAGCUACGUCCACGACAUCAGCUUCUGGCUUCCAGAGGCAGAAAUGUUCUGUGAAGUCCAGUUUCACGCCAUUGCCAGGCAUGUGUCUUUGGACACGGUUGCGUCUGUGCGGCUGCUUGACCGUUUUCAGCGGCUGGGCACAGCGCCCGCCACCAGCCUGUGCUACAGGCUCACUUACCAGUCGUGUGACAAAGCGCUCGGUCGCCCCCAGGCGGCAGCCAUGCAGAAGGAGCUGAGGGAAGAACUGCAGCGUUGCCUCCGGGUGAUGGUUAGGUGCCCUGCUGCCCGGCCUAUGGGACUUCGUGCCUUUUCCACGUCGCCCGUCGCUGCACCAAAGCGCAGCGCGGGCAAAAAUGUAGGAAAGGGGGGAGGAGCAAUUGCGCCUGCGCCGUGCCCACACCGAGGAUGGCGGCGGCCGGCGUCGCGUCCCCGCGCUGAGCGCCACGAGCCCGGCCGCCUGCCCACACUCGGCAUGGCAGCCAAGGGGGCCCGGCAGCGGCCUCGAUGGGGCGGUGGGGAUUCGGCGGCGCCUGCCCGGCAGCGAGACGAGGGUCCUGCGCCGCAGCCGGCCGCCGAGGAGAACAAAGCCGAGUCCUCAGGAACCAAAGCAGGCCACGUCUGGGCUCCUGAAGGAUCAACGGCUUUCAAGUGUCUAAUCUCAGCCAGGUUCUGUGCAGCUCUGCUGAGUAACAUCUCUGACUGCGAUGAAACCUUCAACUACUGGGAGCCUAUGCACUACCUCGUUUAUGGCAAAGGAUUCCAGACGUGGGAAUAUUCUCCGGUUUAUGCCAUUCGCUCCUAUGCGUACCUGUGGCUCCAUGCUCUGCCGGCCCUCUUCCAUGCUAGAGUGCUCCGAACAAACAAGGUCCUCAUCUUCUACUUCCUGCGCUGCCUUUUGGCCUUCCUGAGUUGCGUUUGCGAGCUUUAUUUUUAUAAGGCAGUGUGCAAGAAGUUUGGGCUUCAUGUGAGCAGGCUUAUGCUGGCUUUCUUGAUUCUUAGCACCGGGAUGUUCUGCUCGGCCUCAGCCUUCCUUCCCAGCAGCUUCUGCAUGUAUUGUACCGUCGUAGCCAUGACAGGCUGGUACAUGGACCGAACAUCCUUGGCAGUCCUGGGUGUGGCCGCCGGAGCCAUUGUGGGUUGGCCGUUCAGCGCAGCGCUGGGCCUCCCAAUUGCCUUCGACUUGCUGGUCCUGAAGAGACGGUGGAAGAGUUUCCUGCAAUGGUCCUUGGUGUCUCUACUGGUGUUUCUGGUGCCCAUGGUGGCCAUCGAUAGCUACCACUAUGGGAAGCUGGUGGUAGCCCCUCUGAACAUCAUCUUGUAUAACGUCUUCACCCCACACGGGCCAGACCUUUACGGCACGGAGCCCUGGUCCUUCUACUUCAUCAACGGCUUCCUGAACUUCAACGUGGCCUUCAUCCUGGCCUUGCUGGCUUUGCCCUUGACCUGCCUGAUGGAGACCCUCCUGCAGAAGUUUCGUGUCCAAAACCUGGGCCGCCCGUACUGGCUGACGCUUUCUCCCAUGUACAUCUGGUUCCUGAUCUUCUUCAGCCAGCCCCACAAAGAGGAGAGGUUUCUGUACCCCGUCUACCCCCUGAUUUGUCUCUGCGGAGCAGUGGGGCUCUCGGCCCUCCAGAAAUGUUAUCACUUUGUCUUCCAACGGUACCGUCUGGAGCAUUACACCGUCUCUUCCAACUGGCUGGCGCUGGGCACCGUCCUGGUCUUCGGCCUGCUCUCCUUCUCCCGCUCGGUGGCUUUAUUCAGAGGUUACCACGGGCCUCUAGACCUGUACCCAGAGUUCCACAGAAUUGCCACUGACCCCACAAUUCACACCUUGCCCGAAGGCAGGACGGUCCACAUCUGUGUCGGGAAGGAGUGGUAUCGGUUUCCCAGCAGUUUCGUCCUCCCGGAGAACUGGCAGCUCGAGUUCAUUGCCUCCGAAUUCCGGGGCCAGUUGCCCAAACGGUUUGCCAAAGGCCCGGGCGCCACCCGCCUUGUGCCCACCAACAUGAAUGAUCAGAACCAAGAAGAACCUUCCAGAUAUUUCGACCUCUCCAAAUGCCACUACCUGGUGGAUCUGGACAGCCCCGACGAAGCUCCCCGGGAGCCCAGGUACGCGGCUAACAAGGAGGAGUGGAUCACGAUCGCUUACAAGCCUUUCCUGGAUAGCUUAAGAUCCUCAAGGUUGUUCCGGGCUUUCUACGUUCCUUUCCUCUCCGACCGGCACACAAACUACAUGAACUACACCAUCUUGAAGCCUCGGCGGGCGAAACUCGGACGGAAGAAAUCGGGAGCCUAGAAAGGGUUGAAGAAGAGACACUCCCAGCCUCCUCUUCGGAUUUUGGGAUCCUCUCCCCAGUCUUGUGAGUUCCGGCCUAGGAGAGCAAGAAAAGAAAAGAAAAGAAAAGAAAAGAAAAGAAAAGAAAAGAAAAGAAAA